AAAGAAGAAACACUAGCGCAUGCGCUGUUGGCGAAGGUUUCAUGUUUUCAUUAUCGUCUAACGAAUUGACGAAGAAAUAUUACAGAUGUACCGUAUCUGAUUGUAUUCGAAACACAUAAUUUUGACGCUUGUAUCGCCUUUUCAUUUCGUUUCCCCGUCAGUCAAUCAGAAGGCGCGAUGAACUAUUCUGACGAUGACUCUGAUGGGUAUUUAUCGAGUGAAGAUGCUGAUUACGUUCCAUCAGAUGAUAAUGUCAGCGAGGAUGAUAUCAAUGAGUGUGAAAAGGAAGAGCCUUUGGACGAAAAUGAAAAUGUGCCGCAUCCUGACAAAAUUACUAAGAGGAGAAGAAAAGACAGCAAUUUGAGAAAAAGGCCAAAACCAGUGCUGAAAGUAGACAAAGAGGAGACGAAUGGAGGUGUCACUGAAGAAGCUCAGGCGCUACAGGAAGAUAAGGAAGAACCGACACAUACACAGAAUAAUCAGGAAGCUGCACAAAAGAAGCAAUCAGAUGACCUCUGGGCUCGUUUCUUGUCUGAUGUUACCCCCAGACCAAAAGCAUCGAUGGCUGCAUUGCCAAUUCAUGCCACACCAGAGGCUCAUUCUUCUGUUUCUAGUGUUUGUAAGAGAACUGAAUCGCAGGAAUCGAAUCCAGCAAAAGUCACCAUUGUCAAAGUUUUUGAUUUUGCUGGAGAAGAAGUCAGGGUCAAUAAAGAGGUACUAGCAGACUCCAAAGAAGCAAAAAUACAUUUGCAGAGCCAAUGUACAACAGAAAAAAUAGAUGAAGAAAAUCCCACAUCGUCCAGCCAAUCAUCCUGUCCUGUCCCCAGCAGUUCCAAACGGCCAGCAGGGAUGUCCAGUUUACUGAGUCGUAUUGGGGGAAAGAAACAAAAAAUGAGCACACUGGAGAAGUCCAAGUUGGACUGGAAUGCUUUUAAAUACGAGGAGGGCAUCACAGAGGAGCUGGCAAUCCACAACAGAGAAUUUAUCCUGCAUCAGGACCCUCUAAAAUGGGACACCCCUGUGCAGCCUUUCUUCAAGAUUGCAGAAGAACAUUUAACCCCCUCACCCAGGAUUCAACCACAAGGGGGACGGGACGACUUUGCCAAGCCCAUGUGACUGGUUCUACAGCCUUAACUGAAAUAAACCAAAUGUGUCGAAACAGAUCAAGAUGUUUACACUCAGAAUAAACUGGUCAACUCCUGAGCUGUUCAAUUUAAUUGAGCUGGACCAAGGGACCACCAUUAUAAUCAAGAAGCAAUUCGGGAACCACUGCUUUGGCGUAAUAUUAUUUUAUUUUGUACCGAAGGAGGAGGAGAGACCUGUAUUUCUAUUUAUUUGCAUCUGUAUGUCUAUUUUGGGAAUCUCAGCGACAUUAGACGUAAUUUGGAUGGGUAAAUAAUUAACAAAACUAGCUGGAAAAUAAAUCCAGCCUAAUAUUUAUUUAUUUAUUUAAAUGUUAACAUUUUCAAUUUCCAAUUGCGCAGACCACCUGCAAUACCGCCGUUGACCACUAGGGGGACGCGGACCACCGG